UGAUUGAUACUGUAUAGAUUAGCCUAGUGCAUGGCACACCCACACCCAUCGUGAAACUCAGCGAGCCCGCGGAUCUUAAGCCGCCCGCUAUUGAAACCCUGUACAUUAUUGCCUUUCACAAUAGGUGCGCGUAGCACUCGAGGAUCCAGCCCUUAUCGACUUUGAGCGAACCUGAGGGUGUGACACAAAAAUGCAAGUUAUGCAGCAGCGCGUUCUGCAGGCGCGUCCCCAGCGUCCUGCAUCGCUUUCGGUCCAGCGCCCGGCUCUUCCGCACCGCUCGGUGCUUGUGCGCAGCGGAAAUGAGCAGCAGACAACCACUGAGCAGCCGUCGACCUCUUCCACUCCCAGCGUGGAGAAGGAUAUCCUGCGCAGCACGCGCCAGAUUGCCGGCACCUUCGCGCCCCGCUCGUCCACCAAGUCAAAGAACCCCGCGACCAAGGGGACGGUCCUGUACGACGUCUUCGAGUGGCAGUCGUGGAUUUGCCUAGUGGCGGGCGGCCUGCUCUCAUUCAACAUCAUCUGGCCCACCGACGAGCCCAGCAUCCCGCGCCUGCUGGGCAUGUGGUCCAUCUGGAUGUUCACCAUCCCCUCCCUGCGCGCCAAGGAGUGCAUGGCCAACGAGAAGGACGCGCUCAACCUGCUGUUCGUGCUGGUGCCGCUGAUGAACGUGACACUGCCGUUCCUGUGGAAGAGCUUCCCUUUCAUCUUCGUGUCCAACGUGCUGGCGCUGGGCGGUGUGUACUGGUGGAAGGGCGUGUGGAAGGAGGUGUACGGCAUCCCCUUCGCCUACGCCGGGUACACCAUGCCGGCGCCCGCGGCCACCGCCGCGGAGCAGGCAGCGGAGCAGCAGGAGGGCGGCGCGGAGCAGUAGGCGGCCGCGCAGGGGCCUGGGGGUUUUGGGGCUGGUGGAGUGUUUGCGUGGUAUGCGGAGUGAGUGUCUCGGAUGUGCAGAAAUCGAAUUAGCGUUGGGUUGAGCAGCCAAGGGGGGGAGUGGAAUGUUGAGCGGAGCGCUGCAGGGCUGGUGACGUCAGGGGUGCCUGUGGGAAUAAGCAGGCGGGCCCAUGGAGGCAUAACACGGCGGGAUGAGCAGCGCAUGGCACUUGGGCUGGUGCGGGUCAGGGAGCGGACGUAGUAGGAAGUGUGUGUGCGUACCGUAUGUGAAGGCUGUUGAGCCUGGUUGAGCAGGGCAUGGGCCUUGGUGCAUGCUGUGCGGGAUACGGGCGUGCCGACUCAGAUAGGUCCAUCCGCACGUAUGUGCAUGCUAUGAUGCUAUCCACGGGGGCUCGUGCAGUGUCCCACAAAGUCUGGUAGCCUGCGAAGGCUGUGGCGGCCGUGUGUCGGCCCGGGUCGAAGGUAGAUCUGCAGCUGCACCAACCAGUCUGGGUUACGGGCCCGGGUCGCUGAAUGUCAGGGACCGCCAAGGCGGUCGACAGCUGGUACCAUUGGGGCUUCAUUGGCAGCUUCAAUGGGUACCGAGGUUGAGAACGCGUCCCAUGGCCACUGAAGCCGUGAAGGCGCGUGGCGUGUGGCGGGGGAGUUGGCGGGGGCAAUCUACCGUC